GGCGGGGUGAUUGCGGUUCAAGACGGAAUUUUAGAGAAUCAUCCCACUUCAAUUCCAUCUCUCGACUCCCAUCUUCGACCCUUUUCCGAUUCAAUUGAUUCCGAAAAGCAACUAUUCUAAUUCCUCUUUCACCUCAUCUCAUCCUUAAAGCUCUAGAAGCUCUCCAACGAAGCUCAUCACGACCCAAUUGACAUCUCGCAUACACACAAAUCAUGCCUCUCCCACGACAGGUCUUCAUCGCGGUCAUUGGUGCUGGAGGAGUUGGAAAGUGCUUCCUCUCCCAAUUGCAACAAUUGGCCGCCAAACUCUCCCGCUCCCCAGCGGGCCCAACCUACCUCUCCCUGAUCCUCCUCGCAACCUCCAAGAAGUCCGUUCACUACGACGACUAUAAGUCCCUCAACAAUUGGGAAGCUGAGCUCGCUGCUUCCACAACCGCACCUCUCGCCCUCCCCAAACUGGCAGACUACCUCGUCAAGGCACCGGGCAAGGUCGUGCUCGUGGACAACACAUCCAACCAGGAGGUCGCAGACUCCUACCCGCUCUUCCUGAAGAAGGGAAUCUCCAUCGUCACGCCAAACAAGAAGGCUUUCUCCUCCACCUUCCAACUCUGGACCGACAUUUUCGAUGCUGCGGCCAACACCCACGGCCACGGCGGUUACAUCUUCCACGAGUCCUCCGUCGGCGCCGGUCUCCCCGUCAUCUCCACCCUGAAGGAGCUCACCGAGACAGGCGAUGAGGUUCAGAGGAUCGAGGGUGUCUUCAGCGGCACCAUGAGCUUCCUCUUCAACUCCUUCCAGCCGACAAGCGGCGGCGGCGGAAAGUUCUCCGCUGAGGUCAAGAAGGCGAAGGAGCUAGGCUUCACCGAGCCAGAUCCCAGGGAUGAUCUCAACGGCCUGGAUGUUGCUCGCAAACUAACCAUCCUUGCUCGUCUCGCCGGCCUCAAAGUCGAGUCGCCUACUUCGUUCCCCGUGCAGUCUCUCAUCCCCAAGGAGCUCGAGUCCUGCUCGUCCGGCGACGAGUUCCUGCAGCGCCUCCCAGAGUUCGAUGGCCAGAUGGACGAGCUGAAGGGUGCUGCCGAGAAGGAGGGCAAGGUCGUCAGGUUCGUUGGUAGCGUGGAUGUGCCAAAGGGUGAGGUCAAGGUCGGCCUGGAAAAGUUCGACAAGAGCCACCCAAUUGCAGCGCUCAAGGGUAGCGACAACAUCAUUGCUUUCUACACCAAGCGCUACGGCGACAACCCACUCAUCAUCCAGGGUGCCGGAGCAGGUGGUGAUGUUACAGCUAUGGGAGUCACUGGAGAUCUUGUCAAGGUACUCAAGUUGCUUCAUUAGGGAAAAAGAUUCGUGAAAUUGGCCUAUGGUACUCCCUUUUCCAUUUCCUCUACUCUACCAAAAUGAGAUCCGAAUAUACCUGUCCAUAGUAAACCAAUUAAUCUGUCGUUUUGCCUGAUCCUAUCUUCUAUCUUCUAUCAACUAAAAUUAUCGUGCGAACAUAGAAUGCACACGGGUUCAUACAAGUAGAUCCUCACGUCGUGGGCAGUAAUAU